AUUUUUCAGAUAUACGAGUAUAGAAUGUGUUACUAAUCUUAAUCAAUCGUCUAAUUGUAUCGUAAAUGCAGCAACUUCCAGUCCAUUUAAGAGAAGCAGCAGCAGACUCCAUGUUCUACGAGGCAUCGUUACGUGUUGAAGAUCCGAUUUACGGAUGUGUUAGAAUCAUUUCUCAGCUGCAACACCAUAUAUUGGAGGCUCAAUCUGAGUUACUCAAGACCAACGGUCAAAUAGCAUCCAACCUUGCACAACACCAACUGCACCAGCAGCAGCAGCAAAAUGGUGUUCAUGGUGUUAGUUACCACCAAGACCAGCAGAUCAGUGAACCUUCGGGGCUCAGCUUGGACAUGCAAGCUUUCGCAGAUGACUGUUACCUUCACCCGUAGAGAUGUGCAAGUUUUCAGACGCGAGCUAUGCCAGUUAGCUAUAGCAGUGUGCCGACCCCUUGCAUUUAAGUUAUAAUUCUUUCGCCCAAAGAUUAG